AUGACUGAGACAAGUAUGCGAGUGAGGAAUGUCGAUGUGUAUGGAUUCCUCGAGCCACAAUCCAUACAAAGAUUUGGGCAAUCGCAAUUUGAAUCAGAAAAUUAUAGUAAGAGCUGGAUGCAGAAUUCAAGGAGGGAUGCGUACCUAGGAGCCUACUUGAAUGGUGGACAUUGGCAAAUGGUUGUCAUUUUGCCUAAGGAAAAUGUUGUCAUUUGGUUUUGUUCGUUGCAUAAUAGGCCAGAAAACUACCUCAAAGGAAUUAUUAACGAUGCUUUGAAAGGACUUGACGGUACUCCACAAAGUAAAUCCAAGGCUACUGCUAGGUGGAUUCUUGUUAAAUAUUUCAAUUGUGCUAGACCAUUCGAACCAGAGAGAUUGAAGACACUUCGCAUCCAGUGA